AUGCCUAAUAUCCAUGCAUUAAAGCUUGGUUUCAUAUCAAUUGAUGAUAGAGAAGAUACGUUAACUGAACAAAGUCAAUCUUUUCAAUAUGUGUAUAAUAGAAAUAUGAUAAAAAGUAUAAUCGUAAACGAGAAAUAUUCAUUACAAAAAAUUAAAAUACUUAUAGCGUUAUGUCCUCAUGUAGAAUAUCUAAAUAUUGGAAUUGAAAGAAAAGCAUUAGCGCGGAUAAUGCGAUUUCUAUUAUCUCAAACAAAUGCUGGUGAAUUAUUCUUUUUAUGUACUUCAGGAGUACCAAAAUCAUGUCGUGAUGAAGUGCAAAAAUUAAUCCAAUUAGAAAAACUUGUUCGUGAUUAUUUAAUCAAGUUUAUUAAUGGUAAUUUAUAUUUAUGGUGGUAA